CGUGCCGGCUGUCUCCGUCAUUGGAAUCAGCAAUUGGAGAUUGGAUAUUAGUAAAUCUAGUAGGGCAUUGCUAGUUCAACGCCCAUUGUUUGCCAAAAAUGAUCUGGUCAAUACUGCGAAACAUUUGCUCAGCCAAACCAAAUGUUUUGAUGACAUGGAUAGCUUCUUAAAGAAACUUGCGGAUUCAUAUCUUCAUUAUAUGAAGAAUCAACGAUUAGUCAACUUUCAUGGUCUUCGAGAUUAUUACUUUCUUGUUAAGAGUAUAAGAAGCAUGUUCAAGAGUGACCAAAAGCCAAAUAUUCAACUAGCACUAGCUCGAAAUUUCGGGGGAGCCGACAACAUGGAAGAGCUGUGUACUAUAUAUUUUCAAAAUAUUUUGAAACCGUCGCAUACUCAUGAAUUUAUUUACACUUCGAUAUCCGUAAAAAAACUUAUUAAUGCAAACCUUGCAGAAAAAGAUUCCCGACACCUUAUGCUCAUAGGAAAUAGCAAUGCCAUUGUGACUCUUCUUACAUACCAGCUCCGUCAACAAAAUAUCGAAUCGGUCGCGGUUAUUGGGUCACAAUUCCCUGACGAUAAGGACGGCGGGAAAUAUUCGUACGCCACUCUUGAUCGCUUAAUGAUGUGCGUGGAAACAGGAAAAUGCGUAAUAUUAACGGACCUUGAAAUAAUUUAUGACUCUCUCUACGAUUUGUUCAAUCAGCAUUGCAUAACGGAAGAGAAUUCAAGUGACGAAAACAAUCAAAGGAGUUAUACCAGAAUUGGCAAUGGUCCAUACUCCAAUCCUAUGUUGUAUGUACAUCCGAACUUUAGGUGCAUUUUGGUGCUGGAUGAGACAAAGUUACCGUUUGCAGAUCCAACCCUCUUGAAUCGCUUCGAAAAACAAAAGCUUACGCUUGAAGAAACCCUCACCGAACGUGAAGCAAUAAUUUUCACCCGCCUAAAAGAUUGGACACAUCUAAUCUCAUCCAUUUAUGAAUUAAGCGACGAGGAUGCCGAAAGUCACCACUUCAAAGAAGAAGACAUGUUUAUUGGAUUUUCGUCUGAAGAGACACUGCAGAGUCUGAUUAUAGACCAGUGUGAAAAAAAUCCAGAUUCAGAUGAUGACACAAUCAUUUCUUUAUGCAAGGAAUCUUUAAUCUCUAUCGCCUCUUCAGACAGCAUUAUAAGGGCUGAUAAAUCUCUUUUGAAGCUAAGUGAUGCUUUGGAAGUAAACAAAUGGCAACAAGUCUACUUUCAGAAUCAACGGCAUGGUAAUAUUCGAGAAUUUUUUGGUGCACUAUUAAGUGAUGACUCGACCGACCCUUUAACAAUCAUAAAUACCUUCUCAAAUAUUAACACCGACAUUAAAUUAUGUUUGAAUGGAAUUUUGAGUUGUCAGGUAGAUAAAUUAUCAACCUUCAAGUCCGAAGCCAAACUUCAAGACCAGAUUAAAAGUUUUUAUGAAUCCAAGAAUAAUUUGUACAUUCUGCAAUGCGAUCUUUCAACUGUGAACGCGGGAUGUAUUCGACUAGCAAAGUUUAUGAUUGAGCAGUCUCAAAAUGAGUUCAUGAAUAAGGAGGAUCAACAAAAUAUCGACAGACCGAUUAAGAGCGCAUGCAUAAUCCUUCAUUUUAGUAGAAAUUUCGAAGAGAAUAUCGCAAAUUUAUUCAAUUUCAUGUGCGGCUGGAAUCAAGUUACCAUUGAGAACUUAACUGCAUCAAAUUCACUUUCACUAUUCAUUCAUCCAACCGUCGGGGAAAUUCCCAACGAAAAUUUAUCAUUUGAACAGAUGUUGAGUCAGGAAUUGCCAUGGUGUUUGCUUUGCAUGAAGCAUCCCCCUUCUAAGAAGUCGGUUGAGCAUAUAAGACAAUUAGCUCAAGACAUUCCAAAAAACGCGAGAUUGGUUGAAUGUUUGAAACUUCGAACCGAAGAAUGGUUGCGAGCCAAUUCUUCGAAUCAAUUGCAAAAGUCGUCAACGCAUAUGCGCACCUUGAUUCGAAAACCGAUCGCAAAGCUACUUUAUAUUCUUGAACGAUAUCAUGCAAUCACGUUCCUUUUUUCGUGGGAUGAUGAUACCGAUGGUCUAAAUAAAAAUGAUUUAUUUAAAUUUUGGAAACAGAUAUUUAUGAAUAAAAAGAUAGUAAACAUCGAUGAUAUGGUCAUGGAUCCUCAACCAGAUUUGUACGCUGUCUCGGGUAAUUACCUGAAUCUCAAAUUUCCAUUUUCAUAUUAUUUCAUGGAACAAAUAGAUAAACACAAGGAACUUUACCACGGAGAACUUGAUCUCAUGCGCGAAGAGCCCGAUAAUUUAGAUGAAUGUGGAAAUUUACGUCCGGAGGCUGUAACCCAAUUUCUCGAAAAAUUUUCCGAGGGCAUUCGAACGACGAUCGCGGCAUUAACACCAACAAUUUUGGCACUCGCCAGAAGUCUAUAUUUUGAAGAUUUCAUCACGGUCUCUUCUGUCAAUGCAGGAUAUUCUAAUGAAUCCGACAUAAAGCUAUUUCAGUUUUUAUUUAGUCGUUCGUGUGAGGCCGAGGUGUUUAAUGACCCGAUUAGAUUGCACAUAUUCUGGUGGACAAAUUCCGAGACACUUGUUUCGAAAUUUAAAUUGGCGCAAAUGCUUCCACCGAAUUCUCUCGAAGACAGUGUCUUUACUAGUAAUGAACAUUUUAAGAGUCAUCUUAUAGAUCAUGUUUGUAAAAUGAUGCUUGAAAAGAUUAUGAAUUUAGGUGAAUCUGCAGACAAUGUCAAAAAUAUUAUGAAUUUAGGAGGUGAAUCUGCAGACAAUGUCAAAAAUAUUUUACAGGAUUGGCAACUCCAAGUC